ACGAGUCUGGGUGGCGGCGGCACACGUGCGGCGGCCGCGAUGAAGUUCGCGUACCGGUUUUCAAAUUUGUUGGGGACAGUCUAUCGGCGUGGAAACUUAAAUUUUACAUGUGAUGGAAAUUCAGUGAUCAGUCCUGUGGGAAAUAGAGUCACUGUGUUUGACCUUAAAAACAACAAGUCCAACACUUUGCCCCUGGCCACUCGGUACAAUGUCAAGUGUGUGGGGCUGUCCCCAGAUGGCCGUCUCGCCAUCAUCGUCGAUGAAGGGGGCAACGCGCUGCUGGUCAGCCUGGUCUGCAGGUCCGUGCUCCACCACUUCCACUUCAAGGGCUCCGUGCACAGCAUCUCCUUCUCCCCCGAUGGCAGGAAAUUCGUCGUCACGAAAGGCAACAUAGCUCAGAUGUACCACGCUCCUGGGAGGAAGCGGGAGUUCAACGCCUUUGUCCUGGACAAAACCUACUUUGGGCCAUACGAUGAGACCACGCACAUUGACUGGACAGACGACUCUCGGUGCUUCGCAGUCGGGAGCAAAGACAUGUCCACGUGGGUGUUUGGGGCCGAACGCUGGGACAACCUCAUCUACUACGCAUUAGGGGGCCACAAGGAUGCCAUCGUGGCCUGCUUCUUUGAAUCCGGCAGCCUAGACCUCUACACGCUCAGCCAGGACGGAGCCCUGUGUGUGUGGCAGUGUGACACCCCCCCGGAGGGGCUGAGGCUAAAGGCCCCCACAGGCUGGAAGGCGGACCUGCUGCAGAGGGAGCAGGAGGAGGAGGUGGAGGAGGAGGGGGAGCAGGAGACCACUAUCCGAGGGAAAGCCACACCGGCCUCGGAGGAGCAGCAGGGCAAAGUGAAGUACUCUCGUCUGGCCAAGUACUUCUUCAAUAAGGAAGGAGAUUUUAACAAUCUGACAGCGGCGGCCUAUCACAAGAAGACCCAUCUCUUAGUCACUGGUUUUGCUUCUGGAAUUUUCCACCUUCACGAACUCCCAGAGUUCAACCUCAUCCACUCCCUGAGCGUUUCCGACCAGAGGAUCGAGUCUGUCGCCAUCAACAGCUCCGGGGACUGGAUCGCUUUGGGCUGCUCAGGCCUGGGCCAGCUGCUGGUGUGGGAGUGGCAGAGCGAGUCCUACGUGCUCAAGCAGCAGGGCCACUUCAACAGUAUGGUGUCCCUGGCCUACUCCCCUGACGGCCAGUACAUCGUGACCGGGGGGGACGACGGCAAGGUGAAGGUGUGGAACACCCUCAGUGGCUUCUGCUUCAUCACUUUCACGGAGCACACGAGUGGGGUCACCGGCGUGACCUUCACCGCCACGGGCUACGUCAUUGUGACUUCUUCCAUGGACGGGACUGUGCGGGCCUUUGACCUCCACAGGUACCGGAACUUCCGCACCUUCACGUCCCCGAGGCCCACCCAGUUCUCCUGCGUGGCGGUGGACUCGAGCGGGGAGAUCGUCUCCGCCGGGGCCCAGGACUCCUUCGAGAUCUUCAUCUGGUCCAUGCAGACAGGCCGGCUGCUGGAGGUCUUGUCUGGCCACGAGGGGCCCAUCAGCAGUCUGUGUUUUAACCCGAUGAAGUCGGUCCUGGCCAGCGCCUCCUGGGAUCGGACAGUGCGUCUGUGGGACAUGGUGGACAGCUGGAGAACCACGGAGACGCUGGCUCUGACCUCCGAUGCUCUGGCUGUGACCUUUCGCCCCGAUGGUGCAGAGCUGGCUGUGGCCACACUGAACUCUCAGAUCACUUUCUGGGACCCUGAGAACGCCGUGCAGACGGGCUCCAUCGAGGGCAGGCAUGACCUCAAGGCGGGCAGGAAGGAGCUGGACAAGAUCACCGCCAAGCACUCCUCCAAGGGGAAGGCCUUCACCACUCUCUGCUACUCCGCGGACGGCCAGAGUGUCCUGGCAGGAGGCAUGUCCAGGUUCGUGUGCAUCUACCACGUCAAGGAGCAGAUUCUCAGGAAGAAGUUUGAGAUCUCUUGCAACCUGUCUCUGGACGCCAUGGAGGAAUUUUUGAACCGAAGGAAAAUGACAGAAUUCGGCAACCUGGCGCUAAUUGAUCAAGACGCUGGAGAGGAGAACGGAGUUGCAAUACCCUUGCCAGGCGUGAGGAAAGGUGACAUGAGCUCUCGACACUUCAAACCUGAAAUCAGGGUGACUUCACUCCGCUUCUGUCCCACAGGGCGCUGCUGGGCAGCCACCACCACCGAGGGGCUCCUCGUCUACUCCCUGGACACCCAGAUGCUCUUUGACCCGUUUGAGCUGGACACCAGUGUCACCCCUGGGCAGAUCCGGGCAGCGCUGCGCCAGAGUGACUUCACCAGGGCCAUCCUGAUGGCCGUCCGGCUCAAUGAGAAGAAGCUGCUGCAGGAGGCCCUGGAGUCAGUGCCCUGGGACGAGAUUGACGUUAUCAGCUCCUCCCUCCCCGAGUUGUACGUGGAGAAAGUGCUUGAAUUUUUGGCUUCGUCCUUUGAAGUGUCUUGCCAUCUAGAAUUCUACCUCAUAUGGACCCAGAAAUUGCUCAUGGGGCACGGACAGAAGCUGAAGUCCAGAGCAGGGAAGCUGCUGCCGGCAGUGCAGUUCCUUCAGAAGAGCAUCCAGCGGCACUUGGACGACAUCUCCAAACUCUGUGACUGGAACCGAUACAACAUUCAGUACGCUCUGGCCGUUUCCAAGCAGCGGGGCGUGAAACGCCCCCCAGAGCCACCCGGAGCUGCGGAGGAAGCAGACGUGUCUGAUGAUAGCAUGCACCUGCUUGGAGGACACGGGGAUGAGGACGAUGCGGACAUUCUGUUGGUGUAGAGCUGCAACCUUGCUCAUUUUGGUUAAGACCCUGGAAGAGAGAGAACCACAGCUGCCUGGGCCCAGGAAGUGAGUGGACGGCCACUGGGGGAGCUGUGGGACCACUGUCGCCAAGGACUCAGUCUUGUUCUUAACAACCAAACAUCUGAGAGCGAGCUGAGGGCCCUGGUCAGCACAGGCUCGGCACACGGGGCCCAGGACCUGAUGGUGUGAAUUAAAAAACGCUGAGCAUCUGCUAUUGAAAAUGCCUUUUGGAGAGACAGAUGGGUUCUGUUUAUAGACUUGUGAACUUUGUAUGAAAGCUAUUUAUAUUUC